CUCAGUCACUUCCUUUGUCAGCCUCUUCCUCCCCAGUGCGUCGAAGAAGAUAAGCCGGUCGGACCACGCGGCACCAGUUUUUCAUUGGGAAAAAAAAAAAACCCGAGGCGGAGAGGCAGCAAUGAAUGUGGAUCAUGAGGUUAACCUCUUAGUGGAGGAAAUUCAUCGCUUGGGUUCAAAAAAUGCUGAUGGAAAGUUAAGUGUGAAAUUUGGCGUCCUCUUCCGAGAUGACAAAUGUGCUAACCUCUUUGAAGCAUUAGUGGGAACUCUCAAAGCUGCAAAACGAAGGAAGAUCGUUUCAUACCCAGGAGAGUUACUUUUGCAAGGUGUUCAUGAUGAUGUUGAUAUUGUAUUGCUACAAGAUUAAUGUGGUUUGCAUGUCUUUGUGUAUUGCUAUUUUCUGCUUCUGGUAAACUGGAUUAUUAAGUCAAAGAACAAACAUGUAAGCAUACUUAAUGUAUUUUUAUUAGAACUUUAUAAACAAAAGGAGACUCAUAUUUUUGAAGUCUGCUCUUUUUUUAUAUCUGGAAAGACAAUUUGUGUAUUACACUGUAAAAUAAACAAAACCUGUUAUUUUUCUCAGGAAUCUGGUUAGAAAAUGUAGGCAAUGAGGCAUUUUUUGCUGGGGGGAGGGAUGGGGAUGUUUGUUUCAUAAAUCAUUCUUUGACAACUUUAUAGAUAUUUGCAUUCUGUGAAAGCAAAAAACAAACUGAAAACCAACUCCACAAGGAAUAGUACAAUAUAUAUGUAAUAAAGCCAUGUAACUGUCUUAAAAUU